GCUGGAAGCGCCGCUCACUCUUAUUAAUAUCAGACGCUGAGUGGAGGAGGCCCAGUCGAGACCAGUCGGCAGCAGCAGAGGCGCCGUCUCACAGGUGACUUUAUUGCUGCAGAUCUAGAGCUAGUGGUAAAACUGGAAAGUCAACAUGUUCGGGGAGAGAAAGGAAUUUGAUGUGACAGCAGCUGCCAACAAUGAGCCAGAGUUCAAGAUGAGGAUGGCACCACCCCCUGACGUCGGCGAGGACAGUAGACCUAAAUCAGAAGUGGCGACGUCCGUGUCGGUGUCGACCAUUGAUCUCGUCGAAGAGAGCUCAGACACUUCCAGAGUAAAAAUGCUGAAGCUGUGCGAGCAGCGGUGGUGCGCGCGGCUGGUGCGCGGCCUGUCGCUGUCGCUGCUGCUGGGCGCGGCGUGGCUGCUACUGGUGGCGGAGGCGGGCGCGGCGGCGCUGCCGCCCGGCGGCCCGCUGUACGCGCUCGUGCUGCUGCUGGCCGCCUCCCAGCUGGCCGCGCUCGCCGUCGCCUGCCUGCGCCUGCCGCCGCUGCUGGGCUCGCUCUUCGCCGGGCUGCUGCUGCGCAACGUGGGCGCCGUCCAGCCCCAGGGCCUCUACACGCUCAUCGCCGCCAUCGUCAGGAAGGCGGCGCUGACGGUGAUCAUGAUGCGGGCCGGCCUGGGCCUGGAGGCGGGCGCGCUGCGGCGCCUGAGCGGCGUGGUGGCGCGGCUGGCGCUGCUGCCGUCCAUCACCGAGGCGGGCACCCUCGCCGUCGCCACCUACUACCUGCUCUCGCUGCCAUGGCUCUGGGGGCUGCUGCUCGGAGCGGCGAUGGCGGCGGUGUCGCCCGCGGUCGUGAUCCCGUGCCUCUUCGCGCUGCAGGAGCGCGGCUACGGCACCAAGAAGGGCAUCCCCAUACUGGUGGUGGCGGCCGCCAGCGUCGACGACAUCUUCGCCGUCUCCAUCUUUGGAAUCAUGAUCAACGUCAUCUUCUCUGAAGGAAACCUCACCAUGAAGAUUAUUGAAGGACCUCUCGGAAUUAUCAUUGGCCUCGCUUUCGGUAUCGUCUGGGGCGUCAUUCUGUACUUCUUUCCAAAGCCGGAAGAUAGGUUCUGCGUGUCGCUGCGCACGUGGCUGCUGCUGGCGGGCGGCCUGUUGUGCGUGCUGGGCUCCGAGGCGGUGGGCUACAACGGCGCGGGACCGCUGGGCGCCACCGUGGCCGGCUUCGUCGCCGCCGCCGGCUGGCGCAGGCACGGCUGGCCCCAGACCAGCCCUGUGUCACAGUCCUUCAAAACGAUCUGGGCAUUCUUCCAACCAGCACUGUUUGGCCUCAUUGGUGCGGAGAUCAACCUCUUUGAGCUGGAAGGGGAUCGUGUCGGACUCGCCAUAGCGUGUUUGGCUAUUGCCCUCACGUGCCGAAUCCUCAUUUCCGUCGUCAUUGCUUUCGGCGCUGGCUUCAAUGUGAAGGAGAAAACGUUUCUGGCGUUUGCAUGGUUGCCGAAGGCUACUGUUCAGGCGGCGCUGGGACCAGUGGCGCUGGACAUAGUGCGCUCAAUGGUGCAGCCAGAUUCAGAUCAGCUGCUGUGGGCACGAACCGUGCUCGAGGUGGCUGUCCUCGCCAUUUUACUGACUGCACCCAUUGGAUCUGCUCUCAUCAUGCUGCUGGGGCCACGUCUUCUUCCACUAGAUGCUCAACGUCCUGUCUGAGGUUACCACAAGAUUGAGUGUGUGGCGACCCACACACACCCAGAAGAAGGCCAUAAGGGUACAAGAUGAAGACAAGACUAGGCUUGGCACAAUGUGAAAAUAACAUGGAUUGCACCUUUCGGAAUGUGGGAGUUCUGUCUUACACAUGCUAUGGUUCAUUUCUCAAGCAGUAUGUUGGGUGCUGUUAUAAUUGCUUUCUGACAGAUACUGUCCAUCAAUGGACAUUUGUGCUAGAGGAAGUACAGGUGUGGCAGCAUCAUAUAUGUAAUGAGCUAGCAAGAAUUGUAUAAUGUGAUAAGGGAUUUAUUAACAGUAUAUUUUAGGAGGAGAAGCAUUAAUAAAAAUAUGCAGUCUUUCCAUAAACUUUUUAUAGAUUUCUGACUGUAUUGUCUUGUAAUAAGGACACAUUUUUUUGACAACUGACGCAUGUCACUUUCAUUAGGGUUUGUACCAUUUCAACUAUCACAUAAUAAUUGUUAGCAUAUUUCAGCUGAAAGGACAGACAGUGAUCUAGUACUAUUCAUGGUCUAAGAAAUCCACUUUACAUUUUUUCUUGAAGUGCAUCCAAGAUUCUUUGAGCAAAAUAUAUAGCAAAAACCUUUAGAGACAAAAUAAACUCUAAAUUACUUGGAGCUUGCCACAAAUUGGGGGAAAUGAAGCCAACUUUGUCAUUUCAAACAGAAAGUUUGUACAAAAUUGGCAUUGUUGAAUAGAGAUCCUAAUGAACUUCCUUUUGUUUCAAAAUAUGUUGAUGUAAUCAAAAAGAGAUCUUGCUGCUAAUGAACUGAACAGUAGUGAAGGAAUGAAAAAUAAAUUUCAUUAGAUAAUAGAUGUGAUUAAAUUAUCUUCUUAACAUUGUACAGACAAUGUAUUUUCAUCUCACACUUUUUAUUUAAUGGUGAGUAGUACUUGGAAUUUCUCCAAUAGAGAAUCAUGGAUUUAUGGAGUUGCUACAUAACUUCCCAACAGCAACAUCCUUGUUAAUAUGAGUGCAAAAAGGUGGCUGGUAGUCUCGUUUUUGCAUAGUACACAGGUGUAUUUAAAAGCAAUUUUUUCUAAUCAAAACUUUUGUGAGUAGGAAGAAUGUUACUAGUGGCACAGCCAACCCAGUCAUCAAGGUUAACUUCCUUUGAUAUUUUUUUCUUAAGUGGGGCAUGUGGGCUGUGGAUCAAAGAAUCUAUCUAGCAACACUAUUCUUCAGUGAUAAAUGAAAUGGAAGAGCGAUUGUGGGAGUAUGCAGGUAAUUGCUUGCUGUAGACAUACAUAUUAUACUAUGUGUACAAAGAUGAGGCAUAACUGUCUUUAGAACAAUGUGUAGCAUGAUUUGUGCAUCUCUUGUAAAACAUUGAAAGCAGUCAAAUCGGAUUCAGUAAUGA